AAUUAUCGGCAAUGACGUAAUGGGAGCCGCCUCGCUCGGAGAACUUUUCUUUGUAAUGUUGAUCUUCAAUCCACUGAAUUCGGCAGAAAAAAAAGAGAGGAAACUUUCAAUUUAUAUUGCUUUACACGGGGGCACUUGAAGCUUCUUUAAAUUCAUAACAUUCACUUUAAAGUGAAGUUUUAUUGAGAAAGGUCCACAGAAAAGUUAGUCGAUGGCAUGGGCUGUGUUUGCAGCAAAAGAAAAAGACAAGAAGCGAACGGAAACUUAAAGGCUUCUUCGAAAAAAGCGCAGAGUUUUGAUAAUGUAAAUGCCGAUCAAACUUUACCGGCUCUACCUGACCUGCCUGAAAUCCCACGGCAGCAGGUCGAACCGAAACUCGUGUAUGUGGCGCUUUACGACUAUGAAGCACGCACAUCAGAAGACCUUAGCUUCAAGAAAGGAGAGAAACUCGAAGUGAUUAACGGCAAUGAUGCUGUCAACGGAGCGGAUUGGUGGCAAGCACGUUCUCUGGUCACAAACAUUGUUGGAUAUAUUCCUAGCAACUAUGUUGCUCCUGCGGCUUCUCUGAAAAGCGAAGACUGGUUUUUUGGCCCAAUCAAAAGAGUGGAUGCAGAAAAAAUGCUUUUAAUGCAUGGAGAUAGUGGAUCAUUUUUGAUUAGAGAGAGUGAAAGUAAACCAGGAGAUUUCUCUCUUUCACUAAGAGAUGGGGAAAUUGUGAAACACUACCGCAUCCGAUCCAUGGACAGUGGAGGGUACUAUAUUGCUCACAGAGCUAAGUUUCCAACACUCAGUGAGCUUGUUGAGCACUACCAAGAAAAUUCUGAUGGACUGGUCAUCAAACUGGAUAAACCUUGUCCCACAUUACAGGCUCCUGCUCCUAAGGACCUUGCUUACAAUACAAAAGACAAAUGGGAAAUUCCACGUGAAUCAAUUCGAUUGGUUAAUAAACUAGGCCAAGGGCAGUUUGGAGAGGUAUGGAUGGGACUGUGGAAUAACACCACUCCUGUUGCCGUGAAAACAUUACGUCCGGCAACAAUGUCACCAAAGGCAUUCCUUUCAGAGGCACAAAUUAUGAAGAGACUUCGCCAUGAUAACCUAGUACAACUUUAUGCAGUGUGCACCCAGGAGGAACCAAUUUAUAUAGUAACUGAGUUAAUGGAGAAUGGAAGCCUCUUGGACAUCUUGAAAAGUUCUGCUGGACGGGAACUUCAACUUCCAGAGCUGAUUUACAUGGCUGCACAAAUUGCUGCAGGAAUGGCUUAUUUAGAAAUAAACAAUUACAUACAUCGGGACUUAGCAGCUAGAAAUAUUCUAGUAGGAAAAAAGAAUGUAGUUAAGAUUUGUGACUUUGGGCUUUCAAGAAUUAUCGAUGAGGGUGAAUACAAUGCAAGGGCUGGAGCCAAAUUUCCCAUCAAAUGGACUGCUCCAGAGGCAGCAUUGUUUAAUAAAUUCACAAUCAAAUCUGAUGUUUGGGCUUUUGGAAUUUUGUUAACAGAGCUGGUCACCUAUGGACGUGUCCCCUACCCAGGGAUGGGUAAUGCUGAGGUAUUAGCUCAGGUUGAAAGAGGUUAUCGCAUGCCUUGCCCAUCAAACUGUCCACCAAGCCUGUACACAAUUAUGAUGGAUUGCUGGAAAGCAGAUCCCAUGUCAAGGCCAACAUUUGAGACUCUUCAGUGGCGUUUAGAGGAUUUCUUCGUCAUGGACACUACAAAUUAUGCAGAUUAUCCUGAAUAGCUUAAAUACAGUUUAGAACACUUGUGUAUUUUAAGAUAGAGUUGUAAAGCACUAAGCAGCUUAUGGGAGACAUUGAAUAUAUGAUUCUGGCUAAAGGCCUGUAGCCAAUAGUUAAUUAUAAAUCAACUAUUCCUAGCAAAGGAACAUUCAGGAGAGGGAAUUGUAAAACAGAUUAGCAAGACAUCUCAUAAGGAAGGUUCCUGGCAGAAAUGAAUGAUUCUCAACUUGAAGUUGAUUGGGCAAAUGAACUGCUACUGCAUAUUUUGGAGAUCUGUCAUUUGGAGUUUGAACUUAUCACAAUUUUCUAAAACAAUGAGUUUGAAUCUCCCUUAGUAGGAGGUGAAUUCUUGAGGUAUUCAUCUUACUCUUUCAAUUUAGGAAGAUUGAGGUCAGACAAAAUGCAGAAAUUUUCAUAAAGAUCAAUCUUCUCUACUUGCAGUCAAGACAAUAAUUUAAGUUCACUUGCUACACCACCUUGCUUUAUGGUUUAGUAAUGAGUUUUCAUACUCAAUUGCUGUAAUUGUGCAAGGAUGUACUGUUAUAUUCACAUCAUUCAAUAACACUUUAUAAGCAUGUCCUUUUUAAAGGUCUCAAUUUCCUUAGUGUCACAAAAAGAGCCAUUUCACAACGAGUUUAAGGAAGAUGUGAACUUCAGGAUAACAGAACCACUAUUCCUUUUACCUGCCUCUGCCCUUGUAGAUAGGUAAUGUUUCUUAAAUUUACAGAUAGUGUCAAAUUCCACCCUAUUGCCUGUGAGCAAAUACCAAGGAUUGGCAAGUAGUUUGCAAAUUGUAGCAAGAAGCUUACAGCUGAAUAAUUUCAUUUUUUUUCUUAAGUCAUGGCAUUCAUUUGAUGUUUCUUGCUGUAACAACCAUGUGGAGAUUUAGAAGGUCACCAAGGUGCUCACCCUCCUUAUAUCUGGUAGUUGGAGUUUUGGUCUUGUAACUUGAGAUGUUUAUGUGUUGUUGGUCAGGAGUAAGGUUGCUCUCUCACCAAAAUAUUACAACCCCCUAUUUGCAAUUUUCAGGAUACUUUGGAAACAAUUCUGCUCAUUUAUUAGUAUUAUCUGUUUUUGUACUUGUCAUUAAAGAACAAGAAACUUUUCAUUUAUUGUAAGAGUAAGCAGAACAAAGAUUUUACAAUUAGAGAAAGGCAUGUGCCACAACUGGAAAAAGAUCAAAUAACACAGCUUUCCCUAAAACCCCAGUGCAUUAACUUUCAACAAAUGCAGAAUUCUCAAAACCCUUUUAUUAAAGAUUUAACUCUCAAGAUGUAAGGUGCUAUGUUUGCUUGUUUCUUUGUGAAAAAACUAUGUGUAAAUAGCAGCAUUUUUUUAACUUUUGCUUUAAUUUAGUUGAUUUUUAUUAUAAUACUCCUUGCCACAUGAAGUAUUAAUGAUUGUACUUUAGUGGCUUAGAUUAAUAAAUAUCUUAGAGUUGA